AUGAUACGCGUAAACGAAGUGACCGAUCUGAUGGAUCAAAUGUUGAAAGUAGAUAUUUUCCACCCUACGGAAAAACUUCGAAUGCUAAGGGACGAAGAGAAAACGUUUCUUGAUCCAAACUUAAUUAUGGAUGCAAGACAUCGAAUACAUAGGGAGAAUUUAUCCAUUUCACCCACGAAACGUUCUGUUCUGACGGAAGCCAAGAGAUUAUUUACACAGGAGGAGGAGGCGCAAUUGUAUUUGAAGAAGCAGCAACGAUAUUUGGAACGUGAAUUGAGGAGGUUUGAAACGGAACUGAAAAAAUCACGGCCUAGGUUUUAUAAACCGUACACGUGCAAAAGAAGAAGCUUUGCGCCAUCGGAUGACGAAGAUUUCUGGGGAACAUUUAGAAAAACUAAACGCAAUGUUGGUUCAAAUGUCACGUAAUUAAGGAAGAAACCCAUUACCAUAAUUUAAAAUAUACAAAAUCUUUUACAGACUACUUCUAAGGAGAACGUACCAUGCGUCGGAAGUAUCAAAGUAACGAUCAAGGACAAGUCUAAUUCUGAAACAGAGAUGCAGAGUUUGUAUAUUUUAAGGAAGUGUUUCGACGCUCUGAAAGAUAAUGCUGAGGAAGAGCAACGUCUUCGAGACAUCAAGACGAAGAUCCAACAAAAUGUGACUAUGAGGCUAACGAAGAAGUACUUUGAUAUUUGGAGAACGUGUAUAAAAAGCAAAACGGUUAAUACGCGAAAACAGGAGGAUACAGAGAUUUCUGAUGAACGGAAGAUCGAAAUGUUUAUAAGCGCGAUUACAGAUCGUCAAAAGGAAUUGAUGAAAUGUCGGAAACCAAAGGCCAGAGAUGGUAUUGUGGUCGCAAAAGAUACCAACAAAACGGAAAUGAUAAGGAAAAAUGUUUAUUCUCAAUCCGUUAUUGUCGAAUCGCCCGCGCAGAGUCGAUUAAACGCUCAAAAGCGUAUAAUAGAGGAACAGAGAGCCAAAUUGGCAGAACAGAAGAGAAUCAUCGAUGAACUGAAACUGAAAGAGGCGCAAAAGGAAAUUUACAAAGCGGGUAAAGACACGGUAGACAUAGCCAAAGAAACGCUGACCUACUGUGGGAAAAAAACGAGGAGAACUUUAGUUCAAUUAAUGCAACAAGCUGGUUACAGAGAUGAAAGUUUAACGGUACCCCACCGAGCACCGGAUCCACCAAAAUUUUUAUCAAGGAUGGAAGCUCGAGCAGAGGCCAGGCGAGAAAGGGUAAGACUAGCGGAAGAAUUGCGCAGAAAGAAAUUAGAGGAACAGAAACAGGAAGAAGAAGCUGCGAGAAUAGAGGAGGAACAGAAGAAGAGGAGAUUACAACAAGAGGCCGUAGCCGAGGCGAGAAGACUGCGCAAAGAACAGGAACAGAACCGACUUCGUGAAAUAGAAAGAUUUAAGAAACUGAACCAUAUAGCAGAUAAAUUUUAUCGGAAAUACCUGCUGCGACAUUAUUUAAUGGAGCCAUUAAUUGCUCUUAUCGAAGAAAAAAAAAGUAAUGUUAAAAAGGCAGAUAAUCAGUACAGAAAAAGCUUGACAAGAAAAAUAUUUAUAAUGUGGAAACAAGAGACUAAGACUCAAUAUGAAGUUAAGGUUGAGAUUGCCGAAUCUUUUCAUAAUAGAAAUUUAAUGGUGAGAGCUUUUAGGGAAUGGAAGCUGAUGGCUAAUGAGGUGAAUUUGAGCUAUCAAGUAGCCACUGAUUUCUCUGAUAUGAAGCUGUUAGAUAAAUACUUUAGAUUAUGGCAAACAAUAACUUUAGAACUUAAAGCUGAAUGUAAAAGAAAGGAAAAAUUAGUUACCUGUCACUAUGUAAAUAAGUUAAAGUUUAGAUACUUUUUUAUGUGGAGAAAGUAUCUCACAAUUGCAGCAGAUGUUAUAGAAAGCGAAAAACGGAAAAAUGAAUUGAGGCAAUUGGUGCAAACAGUGAUUCCUGACUUCGAUCCCAAACAGAGAGGUGUAGCAUUGGAAGAUUAA